AUGUGUGAUCAAUCAGCAAAUCCUCCCAAAAAACACUGUUCUUUAAUUAGUGGGGGGCAAAGGCCGCAGCAAACACUAAAGGAAAAAAUUUCUGAUGAAGAAUUUCAAAAGAAGGAUGCUAAUUUGCAAAACUCCAAAUCGAAAUAUGCUGAAACACUAAAGGUUCAAUCAGUUGAUUUUCAUAAUAAGUCCAACCGAGAAAAACAUCAUACUGAUGAAUAUGAACAAAAAGACUUGAUAGUUCGUCGAGGGACUCCAUUUUACUUGAGUUUUACAUUUCAACAAAACAUCCAGCCGGAUCGUGAUUUGAUCCUGUUGCAGCUGGUUACAGGAAAUCGACCUCAGCAAAGUAAAAAUACAAUAAAUCGUCUGACAGUGUUAUCACCUCCCAAAUAUGAAAGCAAUGAAUUUCGACAAUUGUGGAAGGCUAAGUAUGUGGAACUGAAGGGUAAUACCAUUAAAAUUGAGGUAACCCCUACUGCAAAUGUCCUUGUUGGUGUCUAUAAAGUUUAUUUGGAAACCAAGAAUAUCAAUGACCCUGAGGACACACCUGAACGAUAUCAACUCCAAGAUAAAAUUUAUGUUCUCUUCAACCCUUGGUGUAAAGAUGACACAGUUUAUAUGGAAGAUGAAAAAGACAGAGAUGAAUACAUUCUGAAUGAAACUGGAUUAAUCUGGGCUGGAUCUGUAAAUUCCAUGCAAACCCUGCAUUGGAAUUUUGGACAAUUUGAUGAACCUUGCCUCGAUGCUGCUUUACUUUUGCUCAAAACAGGGGCACUUACAGAAAAUGGUUAUAAAAAUCCUAUUUCUGUUAUCCGUUGCCUUUCUGCUAUUGUCAACAGUAAUGGUGAUGACAAUGGCUUACUGGAAGGAAGAUGGACUGAAAAUUAUCCAAAGGACACCACAGAUCCAAAGACAUGGACUGGCAGUGUGGCUAUCCUUAAAGAAUAUAUGGACACCAGGAAAACUGUUCGUUAUGGACAAUGUCGGGUUUUUGCAGGAGUCAUGACAACAUUGCUUCGAGCUCUUGGAAUUCCAACAAGGCCAGUUACCAAUUAUGAAUCUGCUUACGACAAAGACAAUAGCAUGACAAUUGAUUUUCACUUUGAUGAAGAGGGACAUCCAGUUAAACAUUUAAACGAUGCUGUUUGGGAUUUUCAUGUCUGGAAUGAAUCCUGGUUAAAACGGACAGAUUUGCCUGCUGGCUACGAUGGAUGGCAGGCUCAUGAUGCCACACCCCAGCAAAACAGUGAAAGUACUAAGCAUUGUGGACCUGCUCCCUUAAAAGCUAUCAAAGAAGGCCAAGUCUACCUUCUUUAUGAUGUCUCAUUUAUUUUUGCUGAAGUCAAUGGGGAUCGUGUCUACUGGCUGGUAUCAAAAAAUAAUGAAAUAUCUUACAUGAGUAAGUCCAUGUAUGGUAUUGGUAGGCGUAUCAGUACAAAAGCUGUUGGAAGUGACGAGCGUCAUGAUAUCACCAAUUUGUACAAGUAUCGUGAAGGCAGUCAGGAGGAAAGACGAGUUGUAAAAUUUGCGAAUCAGUUUAGUACUCGAGCGGACGAUGACAUCUAUAAAACGGAUAUUGUCAAAGAUGUGGAUUUUAAAUUUGAGCCUCCAACAACAACAGAAGUUGGUGAAGGAUUUGAAAUAAAACUGAAGAUGACAUCUCUGUCUGACUCAGUCAGGAAGAUUGAUGUCGUUUGCCCCAAAGAGAUGAAGAAGGACAAUGAAGCAAAAAUGAGAAUCUCCUUUACAAAUCCAUUGUCUUUGAAUCUGACAAAUGUUGUCUUAAAUGUGGAAGGUUCGAAAAUUGUAGCCUCAACAACAUUCAGGGAAGAAAUUGUACCACCGAAGGGUAAACUUGUCAAGGAAGUGACAUUGCAUCCCAAAACAACUGGUUAUAAACAUAUCAUCGCAAGUCUUGUCUCAGAUCAGUUGAAAGGCAUCGGGGGUUUGGCCUAUGUCCAUUAUUCUUGUGAUCUUGGCGUCGUUCUUCAUAGCCUAUGUCCAUAUCCUCCAGCAUUUCUCUAUCUUCUAUUGACUCAUCGUCACUAG